UAAUCUGUUUUGUAAUGAAUUUAAAUUGUAGCAACUUUGCUUUACUAAUCAAAAGGCAUUCAUCAAACUGAAUUUUUGAAAAGGUGAAUCGUCUGCUUUAAAAUGAAAUUUUUAAACUUUUUUGCCCUCUUCGUUGUUUGCGGAUUCGCAGCGAUAACUGGAUGUCUUAUCCUGGCCAACGUGAUGACUGGAACGGGUGAGCGAAUGGGACUCGGCUGGGUGCUUUACACAUCAAGUCCCUUUCUGUGGGCAGGCCUGGGCAUCUUCCUCGCUUGCUCCUUGUCUGUGGUGGGCGCCGCCCUUGGAAUUUAUAUGAUUGGCACAAGCGUUGCUGGUGCCGGAGUCCGAUCGCCCCGAAUCAAGACAAAGAAUCUCAUUUCGGUUAUUUUCUGUGAGGCAGUAGCCAUAUAUGGUCUGAUCACGGCUAUCCUGCUCUCCGGAACUGUUCACGAGUUCCCAACGCUAAAAAUGCUUACGGAGAAAAACGUGUUGGAGAUCAAUAUGUUUUCAGGAUUUGCUGUUUUUGGCGCCGGUCUGUGUGUUGGAUUGGUGAACAUAGCCUGUGGCAUUUGUGUGGGCAUCGUCGGCUCUGGAGCUGCUCUGGCAGAUGCUGCAAAUUCGGCACUGUUUGUCAAGAUCCUCAUUGUGGAGAUCUUCGGUUCGGCCAUCGGUCUGUUCGGAUUGAUCGUGGGAAUCUACAUGAUCUCCAAGGCCGAGAUGAUUAAAUAA